AACAGAGAGCCUCUCUUGUCUACUGCCCAUCCUCAGCCCCGACUGCUGGAACCCUCUGGAAGCCUGUCUUCGGACCGCACAGAGCCCACCUGAUCACAGCUACAGAAUGGCCUCUAGCCCCACCAGGACCCCCAACACACAGUCCACGGGGGCCAGUGAGAACAUCAACCUGGGGCCUUCAGCCAACCCAAAUGCCCGGCCCACAGACUUCGACUUCCUCAAAGUCAUUGGCAAAGGGAGCUAUGGGAAGGUGCUGCUGGCCAAGCGCAAGUCUGACGGGACGUUCUACGCGGUGAAAGUGCUACAGAAGAAGUCCAUCUUGAAGAACAAGGAGGGUCACAUCAUGGCGGAGAGGAAUGUGCUACUGAAGAACGUGCGGCACCCCUUCCUCGUGGGCCUGCGCUACUCCUUCCAGACCACGGAGAAGCUCUACUUCGUGCUCGACUACGUCAACGGCGGAGAGCUCUUCUUCCACCUGCAGCGGGAGCGCCGGUUCCUGGAGCCCCGGGCAAGGUUCUAUGCCGCAGAGGUGGCCAGCGCCAUUGGCUACCUGCACUCUCUCAACAUCAUUUACAGGGACCUGAAACCAGAGAACAUUCUCUUGGACUGCCAGGGACACGUGGUGCUGACGGAUUUUGGCCUCUGCAAGGAAUGUGUGGAGCCCGAGGAGACCACGUCCACGUUUUGUGGCACCCCUGAGUACCUGGCUCCCGAAGUGCUUCGUAAGGAGCCUUAUGAUCGGGCCGUGGACUGGUGGUGCCUGGGGGCAGUCAUCUACGAGAUGCUGCAUGGCCUGCCGCCCUUCUACAGCCAAGACGUGUCCCAGAUGUACGACAACAUUCUGCACCAGCCGCUGCAGAUCCCCGGGGGCCGGACCGUGGCUGCCUGCGACCUCCUGCAAGGCCUUCUCCACAAGGACCAGAGGCAGCGGCUGGGCUCCAAAGCAGACUUUCUCGAGAUAAAGAACCAUGUAUUCUUCAGCCCCAUAAACUGGGAUGACUUGUACCACAAGAGGCUGACUCCACCCUUCAACCCCAACGUGGCAGGACCUGCUGACCUGAAACACUUUGACCCGGAGUUCACCCAGGAAGCCGUGUCCAGGUCCAUCGGCUGCACCCCUGACAGUGUAGCCAGCAGCUCCGGGACCUCAAGUGCCUUCCUGGGAUUUUCCUAUGUGCCAGAGGAGGAUGACAUCUUGGACUGCUAAAGAGAUGCUCCUAUGAAACCAGCUGGAACCAGCAAGGAAUGGCUCAGAGAAGCAGUGGCUUCCAGGAGACACAGGCUUACGUAGAAUAGCGUCAGGCGGCCCAGGGCUGGUGCAAGGUCAUCGAGUGCUCAGAGGUUUUCUGUAUUUCUACCCUGCCCGCCUGGGCAAACGGCUUCCUGUUUUAGGGUCGCUACAUUACCACUCGAAGAUUCCUGGGGCUCCAGCUUCCAGUUUCGUGUUCUGGGUGGGAAAAGGAAGAAAGGCGGGGGGAGGUGGGGAAGCAAAAAGGCGCCUUGAAAGCCCUUCCCAGAAGCCCUCCCUCCCCCAGUGACGUCUGUGGACAUUCCUUAGGUACCCAGUCCUCCUGGGCUGGAGGCUGGGGAUGUGGCUUACUAGCUGGACACGUGGCUCUGCCUGGAACCAAGGGGGCUCUGAAACCGUGGGAGGAGGGAGAGUUGGGUAGGCAACCAGCACUCUCCACCAGUGUUCUGGGUUUGACCUCAACGCCUAAAAUGAUGGAGAUGGGAUGGACCUAGAGGGGGUUACCAGACAGCUUGUACUGCUCCGUGUUGCUGGUGUCUUUCCUGUGGGUAGUACUGGGAUUUGUUGUUGGGUUUGGCCGCCUGGCAUCUGAAUCCUUUUCUAAAUUCAGGGAGUCCCUGACCUCAUGACCCUUGAUGAGGGGCAAUAACUACCUCCACCUCAAACAGCCAGGAAGCUGGAGACUGACCUUCGUAGCCUCCAGGAGCCAGGCCAGGCACGGGCCCAGGGAUGCACCUGUGCAGAGUGUGGACUCAAGGAAAGGACGGGGAAGCUCUUCCCUGUGGUAGCUGCAGGGACAGCACCCACAAAACCAAGUUCCUGGCAUGGACGUGACCACAGGGGCAGCGCCAGCCGUGGUGUCCUCCACAAACCAGAGCCGCAGCGUCAUUGCUCGAAGCCUCCAGCCUCAUUUGCAGGCUUUCCCCAGGAUUUUUUUUUUUUGAGCAUUCUGAUCUUUUUAACACUCCUUUUCUUGCUUGAUUGACCAAGGUCGGCUUCCGAGCACCUGCCUGUCCUGCACCAGUGUCUGGGCUAGCUUCUUUCGUGUCUGUUACCAGAUUUCUUUGAAACAACCUUAAGGUAGGAAUUAUUAUCCUUUUUUUUUUUUUAACCAAUGGAGAAAUAAUCAGAAAAGUUGCUCCUUGCCUGUGGGUCACAGAGCUGGUAAGGACACAGCUGGGACUGGGAGCCACGCAAGCCGGCUCCAGGGCUGUCCCUUUUUGUGUUCCUCCUCACACGGGGAGCCCAGGUCCCAUGCAGAGCUGGAGGCCACCCAUGAAGCUCCCUGUGUUCAAAGUGAAUCCUUGCUAAAAGCAACGGCCAGGACAGACGUGAGCACGUCACACCUCACGCGGCCGGGACGCCCUGCACUGGUGGAGAGCCCUGUGCCUUGCCGCAGCGGCACAACUCCAUUCUUGCAAUGCUGCGGCUCUCACACGUCCAGAGGACUUGCUAGCUCCUUGGUAUGGGGAUAAGACGAGAGACUUCCUCGGGGUCAGUGCCCUGGCGGUUCUAUCGCUUUUCCUCUUGUCUCAUUCCCACUCUUUCCCUUCUACCGAGUCCCUGCCCCAGGAAUGAUGGGACGAGGCUGGGAGAUCACGCGGGAGACAUCAGUGACUCCGGCCUACGGGCGGUCAGGAUGGGGUCAGGACGAGAAAACGUUAAGCUCUGAUGUGACCUCCUGAUUUCCCUCCUAACACUGCCUGUCGAUUGCCAGACAUGGAUGAUGGUGAAGGGGACAUCAAGAUCCCAGCGUCCCAAAGCAAAACCCCUUAGAGUGGAACUGUCAGAAAAGUGACAGUACUGUCCAAAGCACACCGUCGGCCGUGGCUGUGGAACACCUAACCAUUGUACCUGUUCUAAAGACUGUAAAAAUCACACAGCCAGGACAAAAAAAAUAAACGAAGGAAAACGACGCUA